AUGUCGACGAAUCGUGUGCUUCGUGGCGGCUGCCAAUGCGGCCGCAACAUGUAUAUUGUCCAGCCGCCAUCCGACGCGGCCGAAGUCGCGCAGGUGCUCUUCGACCCGGCGCCAUUGCACCGCUUGUCACUUGCUUCGCCUCUGCCAACUUACCUCCGUGUGCCGCUCGCAUGGUACCACAGCACGGUGCUCCCCUUCUUCCCCGACGAGACCCACUCCAUGAUCCAUCGCUCGUACGAGCACCCAGGCCAGACCAGCAGCGGCACCCGGCGGCAUUUUUGUGGAUUCUGCGGCACGCCGCUGUCGUUUUGGUCGGAGACGCCGGCAUCCGAAGCCAACUACAUUCGACUGGCGCUGGGCAGCUUGAGCACGGAAGACCUGGACGAGCUCGACGAGUGGGCGCGUGCGGGCGACACAAGUGAUAACGACGAUGACGACAACGACGACGACGAUAACGACGAGGAGGAGGAGGAGGAGGAAAAGGACGACGACAACGAAGCAAUGCAAGAAGAGGUUCCGCGGGAAUCGCUGAAGCGCAGCAAGCCCGAAGGAACGGCGCUGGGUCGCGUCACGUCACUGACUGGCCUUCCCUGGUUCGACAGUUUUGUUGAGGGUAGCCGUCUGGGCCGCCACCUCUUGCGGCAGCAGAAGCAGCAGCAGCAGCUCCAACGACAGUCGCAGAGCACGGGCCGAGCACACAUUCGGCGGCACGACGCCGGGUCGGCUCAGAGCGCCGACGGCGCCGUGCAGGUCGAGUGGGAAGUGCUGGAGUGGACCGAGGGUGAUGAUGACGACGGCGAUGGCGGCCAGGGCAAAUCGGCACCGCGCUCAUCCGAGGCAAGCCCUGCAAAACGAGCCAGGUUCGGUGAAGGCGAUGAUUAA